GGACGAUCAGCUCUCGCUCACUCGUCGCCUCACGCGUAGUGAGCAAACUUGCAAGAUGGGCACAAACGACCAUGGACUCUCCUCCUGCAAGGUAUGUCCCGAUAGGUGAUACCAGUAUAUGCUCGAUAGAUUUGACCGGCUUUUGCAGUUCACUCUCGGGCGAUCCACUAUUGUAGCAUCCGGCGAGUCCCCCGACAGGAUUCACGACAAUGUUUUGCGACUUCACAUCCACCGAACACCAUUUGACGAUUUCCUAUACAGCAUCUUCUCCCGCCUUCCGCUGGUGGUUUUGAUAUUCCUUACUCCCGUGUUCCCACAAUGGGCCCUCCCCCGAACCUUUAUCCUCAAGGAGCAGAAGCCCGAUUGGGACGAGGAGUUCGAGAACGAAAAACGCAUGUACGCUAGAUUGCGUACGCUGCAAGGCUCCGUCAUUCCCAUCUGUUUCGGUGAAGCAUCAGUUGAAGGCCGUAGGGCGUUGGUCUUGUCGGAUGUGGGGCGUAUCACUUUAUGCGAUCCGCCCUCCUUGGAACGAGAUAGGGAUGAGAUGGCAAACAUGAUUGACGACGCGUUUCGAGCUAUCACCAAGCUCGGUGUCGAGCAUGGCGAUAUCAAACUCGAUAAUUUCCAUCUGGUUAGCACACGUGCUGGUGAUAAGAUCAUGAUAGUCGACCUCGAGUCCGUGACCGAGAUUGGCUCUCACCGGGCACCUGAGCGGGCUAUGAUCUAUCCUGCCGACAGAUUAUACCGCUACUGGAGAGAUGCGGUAGAGAGCGACCGUCGGGAAAAGGAAGAAGAGCGUCGGCAGCGCGCCAGGGCACUCCCCAACCCCGAACAACUACGCCGCCUGAAGGCGCUCGGUGAUGCCCGCCGUUUGGCUAUUAAUUCUACUAAAUAAACGGGCCGUAUGUCUACCUAAUCUGCUGAAUGCUCUGCGUCUUUCGUAACUACCUACCUACCUAAGAUAGGAGGGGACGUUGUGACGUUGCCUCAACGUUACGAAUCACCCCGCCCUUUCAUCCUGC